CGCUCUCUCUCUCUCGUCGGUGACCAGCGGCCUCCUCACGUCUGCCCCACCACCUCCCCCCACGCACGACCAUGGCAGAAGUGGCGACAGCGGCGGAUCCAACACUAGGUAGGUCCUUUGUCCUCCUUCUCUUCCCGCUGCUGCUGGAUCUAGGAUUUUAGGGUUCUGGCGAGCUCUCUCUCCCUUCUUCCCAAACUCCAGUGGGCUUAGAAGGAAAUAGGGUUUGGGGGAGACAGGUAGGUCAGAGUGAAAGUGGUCGAUGGGCGGCUUAGGAGAGCUGGCGAUGACAGGCGUGGUCGGGCUAGGUCGGAGCAGGGAAGGCUUGGUGGAUCUAGAGAAGAUGGAGGAGGGCGAGCUCGACGAAGCUGGAGAAGAUGGCGACGAUGAGGGAGGGAAAGAGAGCGCACACGGCGGGGCAGUGCCUGGCGGCGGCCGGCAUGGGCUAGCUCCAUUUUUUUUCCUUUUUUUUAACUAAAAUAAUUUAUUUCUUAAAAUGGAGGGUGUAUCCUGAAAUAUGAUUUCAUGCUUUAGAGUUUUUUUAGCCUAAGGCUACUAGUCGCGGCCCAAUAACCCCAGGUAGCCCUCUUUGUAUUUGGCCCAUGCAUAUUAGCCCAUGGUAAUUUCAGCCACGCGGCCGACUAGGUCACGCACUCACGCGCAGACGCGCCCGCGCCGCCAGCCGGCCACUCGCGCCCGCGCCGGAGCCUCGGCAGUCGGCACCCGUGCCUUCAUCCAGGGGCUGGGCUCCAAGCUACAGAGGGACCUCAAACCUAGAACCCUCUUCCCCCGCGAUGGCCGCAGGGAGCGGCGGCGGCUCGCGGCGCGCGCGUCCGAACGUGCUAGUGACGGGGACGCCGGGGACGGGGAAGACGACGACGUGCUCCCUCCUUGCCGACGCCGCAGGCCUCCGUCACGUCAACAUCGGCGACCUCGUCCGCGAGAAGAGCCUCCACGACGGCUGGGACGACGACCUCGAGUGCCAUGUCAUCAACGAGGACCUGGUCUGCGAUGAGCUUGAGGACGUGAUGGAAGAAGGUGGUAUACUAGUAGAUUACCACGGAUGUGAUUUCUUUCCUGAACGUUGGUUUGACCUCGUAGUUGUGCUCCAGACUGACAACUCAAUUCUGCAUGAUCGUCUGACCGGCAGAGGUUAUACGGGUUCCAAGCUCACGAACAACAUCGAGUGCGAAAUCUUCCAAGUGCUUCUCGAGGAGGCGAGGGAGAGCUACAGAGAGGACAUCGUGAUGCCAUUGCGAAGUGACAACGUGGAGGAUAUUAGUAGGAACGUGGGUGCAUUGACAGACUGGAUAAACAAUUGGAGACCUAGUUGACUUUACACUAUAGGAUGCCUCUAGGGGCAUAGCUGCCUCUCCCAGAAAAGGAAUGUCGUCUUAUGCUUUGUGUGUUGAUCUGGAUUGAGUGGACGACUAAUGCAAUUCUUUUUUUUAAGAAGUCAAACGUUUUGAACUUUGACUAAAUUUCUAUAAAAAGGAAUCAACAUUUAUAAUACAAAA